AUGGAAGACACAAACCGUCGGCGGGUUGCCUCUCCUUCGAAUAAUGAUUUGGCUUCAACCCCUGUCAAAAAGUAUCAUUGUGGCCAGUGCUCUGCGUCAUUCCACCGCCGAGAGCACUUGCAGCGCCACCAGCGCUCGCAUUCUCAAAGUAAAGACUUCCACUGCCACGUUUGUGACAAGCGGUUUUCUCGACGGGAUACGCUCCAGCGCCAUCUCGCCACGCACGGCCAGGUCCCUGUCCAACUCUCCACGGCCUCACCACGCGCAUCUCGUGCCUGUACAAACUGUGUCAAGUCAAAGCAACGCUGUCGUGGACCGCAACCCUGUGAACGAUGUACUCGCCGAGGCUGGCGCUGUACAAUUCCCCACGGCCCUGCGCAAUCGAGUGCAGACACAGCUGCAGAUUUACAGGACGCCCCAGACAGACCGGAUGACCAUCCAUGCCAAAAUACAGCGAAUGGAACGGUUGCUGAUUGCUCUGACGGUUCCUCGGGAUUGCCAACGACGUCCUUGUGCCAUCCGGAGACUUUAGACUUACCCGGCGUUGCUUCUACACAGCCAUAUCCAGCACUUGCUUUUCCGGACGGCACAGACGAUCCUACGGCAUCAUUCGAGUCAUUCUUUCUUUGGCCGUUGGGAAGCGAUUGUAAUCUGGACAUGCCAUAUGUUCAACAAGACGCUGCCUUGUCUAGUGGUGAUGCAUUGCAAUAUCACUCUGCUGCAUACGAACAAGUAAACUCAACGUCAGAUGUACCCGACAUCGAUGUUAGUGAGUCCAUAUUAGAAGAGCAGGAUCGAGACAUUCUCAUAUCUGAGGACUACGGCCACAUUCCGAAGCCUUCUCGGUCUACUUAUGACUAUAUGUGCACUCUCGCUGCUGGCUUAAUCAACUUCCCACCAGCAUCUCACCUAAGGCUCCCUGAUUUGGACAUUCUUCAUAUAUGCGUCCAGUUAUACUUUGAGCACUUUCACAAGACGUUCCCACUACUGCAUCAAGGGACUUUCGUCGUCCGCGCUGAAAGCUGGCUCCUGUACUGUGCAGUAGCUGCUGUUGGGAGCCAAUAUUCGCGAUUUUCCAACCGGAAUGCGAUCUUCUCUACUCUCCUCGACAUCAUCCGCAAGGCGAUGCUAUGCAAGAUCGCGUCGGGAACAUCCCUUCAAAACGAUCUGGCGCUGGCGCAGACCAUGGUGCUACUCGACAUGUGUCUUAUCCUGGGUGGGACCCGUGAAGGCAUCAUGUAUGUGCAGUACCAGCGAAACAUCCUGGUGACCAUGUGUCGCCCCCUACUAGGCCCCAGCCUUCUCUUCAAGGGGGAAGCUAUCCCGACCAGUGGCGACCUGUCGGUUAGGGACUGGGCCCGAUGGGCCUUGGUCGAGUCUUGGAAAAGAGUUGUAUACUUCGCGUGGUUCGGCGAAUGCAUCCAACAGGUCUUCUUUGAUAUGACUCCUCUCAUCAGGAUAGAAGAUAUGCAGCUCGACCCACCUUGUCAGGAGGAGCUCUGGCAAGCUCGGACCUUCAAUGAAUGGGAGAGAGUGAAGGACACUGGGAAAUACCAACAAUCCAACCUCAAUCUCUUUGACCUGUUCCAAACAGGAGCCAUCAGCGCGACGCACAUCCAGCCAUUAAGUGACGUUACUUUGAUAGCGGCAACAUUUGCGAUUCACACCGGGGAGAGACAGGCAGCGCGCCAGCAGGAAAUCCACAGAUUCUACUCGAUAUUCAACAAGUCACAGAGAGAAGACCGACAAGACCGACAAGACAGCGCUGAGAAUGACGAGACUGAUAGCAUCCUCGCCCGUUUGCAAGAGGCGUCAUGGAAAUACACCACAGGCUCGCACGUCCUUCGCAUCACCUACAAAUUCGCUACUCUAUUCAGACUACUGCACUUCAUCCGCUACCGAUUAAUGUAUAUUGCUGCUGGGUGGAUGACAGAACCGCAGGAAGUCGAAGCUACCGCACAAAAGAUCUCACAUUUUCUACGGACAGAGCCACAACAAGCGCGUCAUGGUUUGGUUCAUGCUGCUCGGAUAUUCCGCAUUAUCCGUUCGCAAUCACAGCUUGACCCGGCCGAUCCGAUUGUCCUCCUUAUGGCUGUCCUUUACAUCUGGUAUUAUGACCGAUUCGUGGUACCAGAACAACGCCAAUCCGCAAAUGAAGGUCGUGGCAAAAUGCUACGGGUCGACCAAGACUUGGACGAGGAUGUUGUGCAAGACUGGAUCAAGCAGGGAGGGGAGACGACAGUACAGCUGCAUAUAACUGGGCUGGGGGUACUUAACGGGCGUGAUAGUGUUUCGCGAGUCCUCAGGGAGGCUGUCAAGACACUUCAACAUGCUAAUGCUUGGUCCCAGCUGGCCAAUGCUAUUGGGUAUGCAGUGUCUCAAAUGUUGUCUGGUGAGACCUUGUCAUUUUCCGACUAG